AAGUGAAUGUAGGGUCUCUUUAAAUUGAAAAGUUGCACGUGCUGGUAAUAAGGGAUUUGAUUUAAAAACAAAAGAAAAACAAUUAAACUAUUAAGAAUAUGGACGAUGAAUAUUUUGAAAUGGAGCUGGUUGAUCCUGUGGACGUGGAAAGUGACAUGGAUUCGGAUGACAAUACCGAGGCACCCAAGAUGACAAAAGAGGUGUAUUUACCCAGUAAUAAACUGGCCGUGGACGAGGAACUAGUCUGCGACGAGAGUGCAUAUUUGAUGCUGCAUCAGGCUUCCACAGGAGCACCAUGUCUAAGCUUUGACGUCAUACCUGACGAGUUGGGAACAGGGCGGCAGUCCUUUCCGAUAACCGCUUAUAUAGUGGCUGGCACGCAAGCUUCCCGUACCCAUGUAAACAACAUUAUUGUAAUGAAGAUGAGUAACUUGCACAAGACGCAGGACGAUAACGGUGACGAGGAGUUGGAAGACGAUGAGGACUACGUGGCUGAACGCGAGGAUCUUAAAAAACCGCAGAUGGCCUGUGCCCUGAUCAAGCACCAGGGAUGCGUCAAUCGCAUUCGUGCCCGCCGCUUAGGCAACACUGUGUACGCCGCCUCUUGGAGCGAGCUAGGCCGCGUGAACAUCUGGAACCUGACCCAACCUCUACAGGCCGUGGAGGAUGGUCAGCUGAUCAAGCAGUACGAACUGAAUGACGUCCGUCCGGUGUUUACAUUCAGUGGCCACCAGCAGGAGGGUUUCUCGGUGGAUUGGAGUCCCAGUGCAGAGGGUGUGCUGGCGACAGGCGAUUGUCGGCGGGACAUCCACGUGUGGAGUCCCCUGGAAGACGGCACAUGGAUGGUGGAUCAACGCGCUCUGGAGGGCCACUCACAGUCGGUCGAAGAUUUGCAGUGGAGCCCAAACGAGCGCAGCGUGCUCGCGUCCUGCUCGGUAGACAAGACUAUCCGCAUUUGGGACUGCCGAGCAGCGCCGCAGAAGGCCUGCAUGCUAACUUGCCGGGACGCCCAUGAGAGCGACGUGAACGUUAUUUCGUGGAAUCGCUUUGAGCCUUUUAUCGCCAGUGGCGGUGAUGACGGCUAUCUACAUAUUUGGGACCUACGCCAGUUUCAAACCGAAAAGCCAAUUGCCACAUUUAAACACCACACGGACCCCAUUACCACUGUAGAUUGGAGUCCCAGCGAGGCUACCGUCCUGGCCUCUGGCGGUGACGACGAUCAAAUUGCUUUGUGGGACUUGGCUGUUGAGAAAGACUCCGAUCAGGUGCAAGACCCGGACCAGAACGAAGAUGAACUUAGCAAGUUGCCACCUCAGUUGCUUUUUAUUCACCAGGGUCAAAAGGAGAUUAAAGAGCUACACUGGCAUGCUCAACUGCCAGGAGUAUUGCUCUCUACAGCCCACAGUGGAUUUAACAUUUUCCGCACCAUCAGCGUAUGACCACGCAUUUUUAUACGAGUUAAUAUAAAGUAUAUAUAAAAUAAUUAAAUCGAUGCAGUUAUUUUUAGAGUAUAAGAAUACAUUAGAUAUACAAGUUGUUGACCUUCUUCACAGCGCUAUGCCCUUAUCGCUAAAUCCUAUAUAGCGCCAACCGUUUAAAGAACAUUGAAAUAAAGUAAAUGGUACGGACAA